AUGGCUUUCAGCAUUCCUACGCCGUUGCUGCUGGUAUUUUCUGCGGCGGUGCAGGCGGUGGUGUUGCUUGCGGUGGCUCCGCAGUACUCCCCCGUCGACGGCUUCAACCCGGCCUUUCUGUGCUUCACGCUACUCAACUUUGCAUUGUGGCUCUUCUAUCUGAUAUUGAUCUAUCCAAACUUCGUCAGCCCGCUCCGAGAUCUCCCGGUUGCAGAGGGCGCUUAUCCCAUCAUCGGCCACGCCUUGUCCCAGUUCAAGGCCCCACGAGGCGGGGACUACCAGAGAUUUACCCGUGAAGUCCCCAACGACGGGCUCAUCCGCCUGAAAGGCUUCCUCAAUGCCGACCAGGUGCUGGUGACGAGCCCCAAGGCCCUGGCCGAGAUCCUGGUCACCCGAUCGUACGAAUUCCCCAAGCCAGACAAGGACCGGGUCUUUCUCCGCCGCCUGAUCGGCGACGGCCUGGUCGCGGCCGAAGGCGAGCAGCACAAACACCAGCGCAAGCACAGCAUGCCCAGCUUCGCGUUCCGCCAGAUCAAGCUCCUGUACAACCUGUUCUGGGAGAAGUCCGUCAAGAUGACCCGGGUGAUCGACGCCGAAGCCUUCGGGCCAGCCCGGGGCCACGGAGGCGCCGAGAACCUGCCGUCUGGAGCCGUGGACAUUGAGUAUUACGCCCCGAAGACGACGUUGGACAUUAUCGGUGUGGCGGGCCUGGGCCGAGAUUUCAACACGCUGGGCAACUCGGACGACGAGAUGGUCAAGAUAUAUGACGAGUUGGUGCACCCUUCCGUGGGCCGACAAAUCCAUGCAGCGGUGUCGUUGCUUGGGAGCAACGAGCUUGCGUCCUUGCUCUGCCGCCCUGUCGCCCAACGCUAUGAUACGCUCAAUGGCCAAUUGAGACACAUAUGCAGGCAAUUUGUGCGAGAAAAGCGGGAAAGAAUGAAGGGUUCGCAAGACCAAGCAAUCGACACCCUGGCCUCGUUGAUCAAGUCAAACAUAUUCUCGGAUGAUGAGCUGGUAGACCAACUUUUGACAAUCAUAGCAGCUGGCCAUGAGACGACCUCCUCGAGCUUCACAUGGGUAACAUACCUUCUUGCGCUUCACCCCGACAUUCAGUCCCGUCUCCGCGCUGAAAUCCACGCAGCAAUUCCAAAUGGAUUCUCGCCCACCGAUUCUCAGGACACGAAUAUAGCUUCGGUGCUGGAGUCGCUGCCUCUCCUCAACGGUGUCUGCAGUGAGAGCCUCCGCGUCCUGCCCGCCGUGCCGGUCACGAUGAGGACAACCAAGCGAAACACUACCUUGAUAGGCCACCCAGUUGCCGCAGGCACCAAGUUCAUCAUGUCGCCCUGGGCCGUGAACAAUGAUCCCGAGUUAUGGGGCCCGGACGCGCACGAGUUCAAGCCAGAGAGAUGGAUCGACCCCGAGUCGGGAAAGCCAAACCAGACCGGAGGCGCGUCGACCAACUAUGCCACUCUGACGUUCCUUCACGGCCAAAGAAGUUGCAUCGGCCAGAAUUUCGCACGAGCAGAGCUGAGAGCCCUGGUGGCUGCUUUUGCUGGGGCCUUUGAAUGGGCCCUGCUCAACCCAGAUGAGGAGGUUGUCCCUGCUGGGGUCAUCACAUCGAAACCGAGGGACGGCCUCAAAGUGGCGCUGAAGAGAGUAAAGGCGUGGUAG